AUGACGCCUACAAUACCGCGCUGGAAAAGGAUUAUUGAAACUGCUCUUGCUGAAUACAAAAACCAAACAGUAAUCCAGAUCGCUACUACGGACAACACUAGACCGACCCCCCGAGUACGAUCCCACAUAUUCCGUUCUUUUCUCUCCCACCCAUCCCACCCAUCGCUACCACUCCUAUUGAGCUCAACGGACAUCCGUACCCCAAAGGUCAGCCAAAUAGCAAACCACAAAGCUGUCGAAAUCGCAUGGUGGAUCGACGGCACACAGCAGCAAUUCCGCAUACUAGCGAAUGUGUACAUCGUCCCUGAGCCCAACCACCCGUUACUUGCACCCUUCAGGAAGCAGCUCGAGGAAUCCAAAUUAGAAGCAGGAGAUGCUAUCUCUCUUUACCCUUCUACUGAGGAAUGGGAAUCGCAGCGCAAAUCCAUGUUCGCGUCGAUGAGCGCACAUAUGCGCGCGUCAUGGUGCCGGCCCACGCCCGGCUCACCACUCUCCCUUCAUGGCGGUCCCGAAGCCGUUAAGAACUGGCCAACACGCGUUGUGCAACCUGACAGGGAAAAAAUGAGUCCCGAGGAAUUUAAGGAAGCUCAAAAAAAUUGGGAGCUAGCGUUGAGCAACUUCGCUCUGGUGGUCAUUGAUCCCUAUGAGGUCGAUUUUGUAGAUUUGGGGGGCGCUAAAGGGAAGUUAGAUCGCCGAUGGCUCUUCGUAAAGGCAAGGGAGGGAGAAUAUGGCUGGAAAUGGACAGAGGAGGAACUUGUCCCCUGA